AAGAACUAGGCUUUAGACACUCACACAAACAGGAACUCAAGACACAGAUACAUUUGAAUAUCUGACCUCUCUUACUUGUUAUUAUAUUUCUUAAUAUGCCAUAAAUGGUAGGGGUUGAUCUUUGAGUACUACAAUUGGACGGCCUGGACAUCGUGGAUGAUUUUGCUAAAUCUUAUGUAUAAAUAUGAGGCUUCUUCCUUAACUUGAGAAAGUUAUGGUACUACGCCGUCUCUGUGUCUGCUUGAUCAACUGACGAUUGAUAGCUUUGAGUCUACCUGAAAAUUAAUCUAACAAUCAGUAUUUUUUUUAUCAGUCAGGUCACUGCUGUAGCAAUGCGUCACUUCUUUUCCAUGUUUUUACUGCUAGCCAUUAUUGGGCUGCAUGUGAGCGUUCAGUCCACAAGAAGACCCUCUGACUGGAGCUUAAACGCAGAUUAUCCAUCAUUGCUGACUGUGUCGAAUGGAAUGAAAUGGGGAUCGUGGGGGCAUAAGAGCAUGUGUCCAAGUGGAAUGUACGCUGCAGGGUUUAGUUUGAAGGUGGAAGAAGCUUCCCAUGCUUUUCAUGAUGAUUCAUCGCUCAAUGGGAUUCGUCUUCACUGUGUCAAUCCAUCCAGAAAAUCAUCAGGCUCAUAUGGGCGCUAUGCCUCAAUUGAGUCCGACGUAGGACACUGGGGUGAGUGGACAGAUAUCAAGUGGUGUCCUUCUGGAUUCUUAAAAGCUUUCCAGCUGAGAGUUGAAUCUGCCCAAGGAGCUGGUGAUGAUACGGCUGCAAACAACAUCAGGUUCAGCUGCAGUGAUGGUUUUUUGCUGCAGGGUGACGGCACAGCAUGGGGGGAUUGGGGCGACUGGAGUCCAAAAUGUAAAGGAAAAGGAAUCUGCGGCAUCAAGACACGGAUUCUAGAGCCACAGGGAUUCUUCGGAGAUGACACCGCUCUCAAUGACGUGCAAAUGUACUGCUGUGAAUAAGUUGUAGGAGGAUGACAACAAGAACAGCAAGAUCAAAUGGAUUGUUAUAACUGAUCAUCAUACUAUGAUAAGUCAUUCUUCUAAAGACUCCUGAACUUCUGCUGUCAGUCAAAACGGGUGUCAAAUAUAUCAGCAUUAAAGACUUUCUAAACAGAA